AUGAAGUACACCACCCUCCUCAUCGUUGCCCUCGUCGCCGCCGUCCAGGCCGCUCCCCUCCUCCCCCACGCCACUGGCGGCAAGCCCAUUGCUGACUCGUACAUUGUCGUCCUCAAGGAUACCAACAAGGUCAACACCUUCAAGACCUCGUUCGACAAGAUCAGCAAGAACCACAACGGCCGUGGUCGCGCCCCCGAGAUCCACCGCGAGUACAACGCCAUCCCCGGUUUCCAUGCCUCCUUCGAUGCUGCCACCCUCAAGGCCAUCCAGGCCAACCCCGAUGUUGCCUACGUCGAACAGGAUGCCAUCAUCACCAUCCAGGGAUCCCAGCCCAGCCCUCCUUCUUGGGGAUUGACCCGCGUUGGUGAGGAGAAGCUCGAUCUCACCAAGCCCUACUCCUACCCCGAUGUUGCCGGCGAGGGUGUCACUGCCUACGUCGUCGACACUGGUGUCUAUGCCGGGCACUCUGAAUUCGGUGGCCGUGCCACCUUCGGUGCCAACUUUAUCGAGGGGUCCAAGGAUACCGACGAGAACGGUCACGGUACUCACGUCUCGGGCACCAUCGGUGGUAGCACCUACGGAGUUGCCAAGAAGGUCAAGAUUGUCGGUGUUAAGGUUUUGGAUGCCGAUGGUUCCGGUGCCACUUCUGGUGUCGUUGCUGGUAUGGACUAUGUUGUUGAGCACGCUGUCGCCGGAAAGUCGGUCGUCAACAUGUCCCUCGGCGGUAGCAAGUCCAAGGCCAUCGAUGACGCUGCUGGUCGUCUCUUUGCCAAGAACAUCCCCUUGAUCGCCGCUGCCGGAAACGAUGCCGACGAUGCCUGCGGUGGUUCUCCCUCGGGCGCUUCGAACGUCUUCACCGUCGGCGCCACCGACAAGACCGAUGCCCCUGCCGAGUUCACCUCCUUCGGUUCCUGCGUCGAGAUCUUUGGACCCGGUGUUGACAUCACCUCCUCCUGGAUCGGCGGCGCCUCGGCCAAGAAGACCAUCUCUGGUACCUCGAUGGCUACCCCCCACGUUGUCGGUGUUGCUGCCUUGUACAUCUCCCAGGGCGGUCUCGACACUGCUCAGGCUGUCUUUGAUAAGUUGGCCAGCACUGGUACCAAGGGUGUUGUCUCUGGCGACUUGAACGGAUCCCCCAACCUGCUGGUCUUCAACGGCGGCGCUGGCUCCAACUAA